AAUUCGACAUGAGCUCGCUACGAGGCAGCUGUGUUGGUGUCUGCCGCUCCUCCCUCGCAAUGUUUCCUCUCAUCUUGCUCGCGCUCUCCAUCCUGACUACAGCAGCAUCCUCCCAUCCACACCCACUCGACCCCCUCUCUCCCGCGGAGCUCACCGCCGUUCGCGCGGCCGUGCUCGCCUCACCGCUCAUCAGCGACCGCCCGCUCACCUUCCACUAUGUCGGCCUGGACGAACCUGACAAAACGGACGUCCUAUCCUACGCCGAGGCACGCUCCUCCUCUUCCCGCGCCGCCCUACCGCGCCACGUGUUCGUCAUCACCCGCGCCGGUGGCCAGUCCCACGAGCUCCACGUCGACAUCACCAACGCCACAGCGCCCACCGUCCUCUCGCACGCCAUCCACCACGGUGCGGGGUUCCCGACGCUCACCCUGGAUGAGCAGUUCGAGGCGGCAACGCUACCGCCAAGGCACGCGCCGUUCGUGGAGUCCGUGCGCCGGCGCGGCCUGGACCUGGACGAUGUCCUCUGCGCUGUGUUCCCUGUCGGGUGGUUCGGCGAUGCCGCCAACACGGAUUCGCAGAAGAAGGGGCAGCAGCGGAGAGUGGUAAAGGUCCUGUGCUUCAUGGCCGGCGAGACACCCAACUUCUACGCGCGGCCGAUCGAGGGCGUGACGCUCGUGGUGGACCUCGACCGGAUGGCCAUCGUCGACUACAAGGACAGGGUGGUGUACCCGGUGCCAAAGGCCGAGGGGACGGACUACCGAGCAGGCAAGGCCGGGGCGUCGUAUACCGGACACGCAACGGUGCCCGACGUGGUGGUACAGCCGGAGGGCAAGGGCUUCCACAUUGACGGCCACUUCGUCAGGUGGGCCAACUGGGAGUUCCACGUGGGCUUUGACAUGCGCGCCGGCAUGGUCAUCUCACUGGCCUCAAUCCACGACGCCGAGACCGGCGCGCGGCGGAGGGUGCUCUACCGCGGGUUCCUGUCGGAGAUCUUCGUGCCGUACAUGGACCCGACAGAGGAGUGGUACUACCGCACAUUCGUGGACGAAGGUGAGUACGGCCUCGGGCUCUGGGCCUUCCCACUCCAGCCGGGCGUCGACUGCCCGGCCAACGCCGCCUACCUCGAUGGCUACUACGCCGGCCAGGACGGCAAGCCCGUCGAGAACAAGAACAUGAUCUGCGUCUUCGAGCGGUACGCCGGCGACGUCGCGUGGCGCCACACCGAGGCUAGCUUUCCCGACAAACUGAUCACAGAGGUCCGUCCUGAGGUGAGCUUGGUGGCGAGGAUGGUAGUCUCAUGCGGGAACUACGACUAUAUAUUGGACUGGGAGUUCAAGACAAGCGGCUCUAUCAAAGUCACGGUAUCUCUUACAGGUCUUCUAGAGAUGAAGGGGACGGACUACACGCACGCGGAUCAGAUCAGGCAGGACGCGCACGGCACGCUGCUCGCGGAGAACACCCUCGGCCUCUACCACGACCACUACAUCACCUACCACGUCGACCUCGACGUCGACGGCACCAACAACUCUUUCGUCAAGAACGUUAUCACCACCAGGCGCAACACUAACAACCCCGGAUCCGGGGGUGCCGACACCCCGAGGAGGAGCUACUGGACGGUGAGCCGGGAGGUGGCCGAGACCGAGGCGGAUGCGCGGGUGGACGUGAACGCGGUGCCGGCGGACCUGCUGAUCGUCAACCCGAACAAGAAAACCAGGAUGGGCAACGAGGUCGGGUACCGCGUCGUCCCGGGCGCCCUAACGGCGGCGUCUGUUCUAGACGACGACGACUACCCGCAGAUAGUCGCGAGCUACAGCAAGAAGCAGGUGUGGGUGACGCCGUACAGGAGGGACGAGAAGUGGGCGCCCGGGCUGUACGCCGACCAGGGCACCGGCAACGACGGCCUGGCCGCCUGGAGCGGGAGGAACAGAGGGAUACGGAACGAGGACAUCGUGUUGUGGUACACGGUGGGCCUCCACCACAUACCGUGCCAGGAGGAUUUCCCGGUGAUGCCAACGGUGAGUGGCGGCUUCGAGCUCCGGCCGGCCAACUUUUUCGAGCGUAACUCGUUGCUCAAAACGAGACCCCCGAGGUUUGACCAGCCGCCUUUCCUCAACUGCUCGUGCGGCAGCCAUUCUGGAUGAUGCACGCGUGGGCGGUGCAACCCAGAUUGAUACCGUACAACAACGUGAUUUCCACAAGACUCACGUCACAAAAGUGAGUUGACUUAGAAACAUAAGGCAUUAUGGUGUUGAUUUGAGGCCUGCAACACAGUGGAAUAUAUAAUCAUGUGUCCGGCAACAUGGCUAGAAGAGUGGUGCACACACGUGCUCCCUCCAUCCACGAAUAAGUUUUCAUCCAUGAAUAAGUGUAUCUUUCUUUUUUUGAAAGUCAAACAUGAAAUAUAUGAGACAUUAAAUUACUCUA